CGCCAUAAUAAAUCAAUCCAUCAUGGACAGCCCAAAGGACCUCCUCGAGCUACCAAGCAGUCUUCGAGUCAUCUCUCUCAACUGCUGGGGCCUCAAAUUCCUCAGCAAACACCGCCACGCCCGGCUCGUCGAAAUCGGCCAUCAACUCGCCAACGCCUCUCCAGCACCCCAAAUCGUCGGCCUCCAAGAAUGCUGGACGCAAGAAGACUUUCUCGCCAUACGCGAACUCACCCAACACAUCCUCCCCUACGGCAAAUUCUACUUCAGCGGGAUCUUCGGUGGCGGACUGGCAAUCUUAUCGAAAUGGCCGAUCGAGGAAAGUUCCAUGUAUCGCUACCCACUCAACGGACGACCCGCGGCUUUCUUCCGAGGAGACUGGUAUGUCGGCAAAGGCGUGGCGUGUGCGCGGAUCCGGAUCGGAAAGGGUGUCAAGGAUGUCGUGGAGGUGUUUUGCACGCAUUUACAUGCUCCGUAUGAGCGCGAGCCGAACGACUCGUAUAUUUGCCAUCGAACCGCGCAGGCGUGGGAGAUUGCGAAGUUGAUGCGUCAUGCUGUGGAGAGAGGGCAUAUGGUCAUUGGACUGGGAGACUUCAAUAUGGUGCCGUUGAGUUUGGCGCAUCGACUUAUUGAAGCGCAUGGUGCGGUUAAGGAUGUCUGGAGGAUUGUACAUCCGGACUCGGCGGUGGGGAGCGCGGAUAGUGAAGCUGAGAUGGCGAGGGGGAAGGCGGUGCCGACGAGUCAGCAGUGUUUGGAUGUUCAUGGCACGACGUGCGAUCAUCGCAUGAAUACGUGGCGGUGGAGUAAACAGAUGCGGAAGGAUCUGGAUCGAGGGAAUGAAGCUGAGAUUGACCCUAAUGAGCUGGAUCACAAAGCGAGACGGCUGGAUUACAUUUUCUUUGCGGACAACUCGGAGCAUACUGGCCAACAAUGGAAAGUGGAGAACGUCGAGGUGGGAAUGACGAUGCGACAUCCUACAUUGAGAUGCUCCCUGAGCGAUCACUUCUCGAUCGAAACGACACUCACACGACACCCUGGCUCUACCCAAUCAAAGAGCCCAGCUCGAUCACACAUCCAACCCCUUGACCACGAGACCUACCUCCUUAUCCAAGCCAUGAUCUCCAAAUACGACCUUCGCGAACGGACCCAACGCCGCUACAGACUCACUCACUUCGGCGCCGAGAUCGUCAUCACAAUCGGCUGCUGGGUGGCAGUAUGGUGGUCGCCACGCAACUACGUCUCCUUCCUGCUCAUGCUUCUGAGUACGUUGGGUCUCAGCUGCGGUGUGCUGGACGGACUGAUGGGCGGGCUAUUUGUCGGAAGUGAGAUUCGCGCGUUGAAGGAAUUUGAGUACGAGAUCGGGUAUGCGGCGGAGCUGGCGAAGGAGGUGCACGGGAAGGGAUAUAGCGAAGAAUCGGCGGACAGGGAUCUGGUGACGGCUACGAAGCAGGCGCUGAGGAGUCGGGAUGGGAUGAGGCAUGGUGGGUCAUCGUAG